AUGGGUGAUCAUGAAGAGCUUGCGACCUAUGUUGAACCAGUUGAUCUUCGUCCACACGCAGUUCGUGUUGUAGAAGUUGUCGAGGACACCGAUCAUAGUUUUGAGUUGAAUACCGCUGCGUUGGAACAAAUUUUAUUGAAUCCAAAAGUGGCCGAUAAAAAAGUUGCGGUUGUUGGAGUUGCUGGAGCUUAUAGAAAAGGAAAAAGUUUCCUGUUGAACUUCUUUUUGAGAUAUUUGACAUGGCGGUCGAAAGCCGAUAAAGUGAUGGGAGAAAUCGAAUUAGAUGAUCGAGGAUGGAUGUCACCAGAUUCACCACUUCAAGGUUUCUCAUGGCGUGGAGGAUCGGAAAGAGAUACAAAUGGAAUUCUUAUUUGGAAUGAACCAUUUUUGAUGAAAGAUAAAAAUGGAGAAGAAAUCGCUGUUCUUUUGAUGGAUACUCAAGGAGCAUUUGAUUCUCAAUCAACUGUUAAAGAUUGUGCAACUAUUUUUGCACUUUCCACAAUGAUUUCAAGUGUACAAAUUUAUAAUUUGUCUCAAAAUAUUCAAGAAGAUGAUUUGCAACAUUUGCAACUUUUCACUGAAUAUGGAAGACUUGCACUUGAAGAUUCAUCUGCUAAACCAUUCCAAUCAUUGCUUUUCUUAGUCAGAGAUUGGAGUUUCCCAUAUGAAGCUGAAUAUGGAUUCCAAGGUGGACAAAGAAUUUUGGAUAAACGAUUGGAAGUUUCGGAAAAACAACAUGUUGAAUUACAACAAUUGAGAACACAUAUUCGAAAUUGUUUUGAGAAACUUAAUUGUUUUUUGAUGCCACAUCCUGGAUUGAGAGUUGCUACUAAUCCAAAUUUCGAUGGAAAAUUGAAUGGUAAACCUUUUUUUGUUUUCUAAACUCGAAAUCCCCAUUUUUUCCAGAAAUCGAUAGCGAAUUCCAACAACUUCUUGGAGUUAUGAUUCCACGUCUUCUCGAUUCGCAUAGCUUGGUUCACAAAGAAGUGAAUGGUCAAAAAAUCACUUGCCGUGAACUUCUCGAAUAUUUCAAAGCCUACAUGACAAUUUUCAAAGGACAAAACCUCCCCGAACCAAAAUCAAUGUUGCUCGCAACUGCUGAAGCUAAUAAUUUAGCUGCUGUCGCAUCAUCUCGUGCUGUUUAUCAAAAAGCGAUGGAAGAAGUUUGUGGUGGAGAAACACCAUAUAUGCCAACAUCGGAUUUGUUGUUGGAACAUGAAAGAUGCAAAAAUGAGGCGAUUCGAGAGUUUAGAAAUUCGAGAAAAAUGGGAGGAGUUGAAUAUAGUUUGCAGUUUUUGGAACGAUUGGAAAGUGAUUUGCAAGUGAGUUAUUUGGCAGAGCCAAGAAAUUGUGAAAUGUGUUUUGAGAAAUUAAAUAAUCGAUUCGAAUCACCUCGUAAAAAGUUCACGUGUCAAAUUUCAUAAUUUAAUUUUGAUAUUUUUUAAGCAUUAUCAAUUUUUAUGUAUCACCUGAUUGUAAAAGAGACUACAAUUUCAUUUUUGAAAAAACCCAAGACUUAAAAUUUAAUAUUUCAAGGCUCUAUUUGUCAAAUGGUGGAUCUAAUAACGAUUGGGAAUUUAGUGAAUCUGAAAAAUACAUCAGAAAUUUUUUAAUACGAAGAAAUAAUUCUUGAAAUGAAUCAGAACAACAAUAAAAUAACAUAUUUAUUCCAGGAUUCCUACGAAUCAUACCUGAAAGUUAACAAUGGCAAAAAUUUGUUCAAAUCAAUGAGAACUCCAGCAGUGCUUGUUUCACUUAUGAUUAUCGAUUAUAUUUUCCAAGAAUUUUUCCAACUCAUUGGAUUGGAUGGACUUGCUGGUAAGUUCUCUUUUUGAAAAUAUUGAUUGGGCUAUCAGUCAUAGAUAUUUCGAAAAAUGCUCAAAUUUAACUUUGAAACGAAUGACACUCCCAAUUUUUCUCAUGUAAUAACCUUUUUCAGGUCUCUUCUCAUCAAUUCUCGUAAUUGUGAUCGGUGCUCUCAGCGUUUGGGCUUAUUCAAGAUAUUCUGGACAUUUAAGAGAAGCUGGAACAUGGGUCGAUGAAGCUGUUACUUAUGUUUGGACCAAUUUUAUCUCACCAAAUGCCGGACAUUUGGGACCACUUGGAAGUGCUAUUCAAAUCAGCGACACUGUUUCAGGAAAUUCGACCGUGACAAAGAAAAAUAAAUGA